UGGUGUGCCUGGAGUCGACUUGGCAACACAAUACGAGCGUAGUACUUCUACAAUAUGUACUAUUCUGGAGCUGAAGGCUUUAAUGCCAGCCAGGGCAAAUUUUGAAAUAAUGAAGCGCCACCCCCACUAAAAAAUGGGUGUCUCUGCCCAUCUGCGAUAUGGGGGGGAGAUUCAAAUUCUGCAUGGCAACAGAUAAUCCACAAAAAGAAACCAUCCUUUACAUUGUAAUUAUUGUAUAUUAGCAAUGAAUUGUUUUGUGUGUGUGAAAUAUGAAAGCUUCAUGACAACGACCCCAUUUGGGGCUCAGCUGUAGCCCCCUUCCCCCCGCCUCACUUUUUCCUCCACCCACUCGACUCCACUCUCCGACGGGCUUCAACUAUUCCUCUUCAUUGAUCGUUUCAUAAAGCAUGCUUUUCAUUCCUGGAGAUUUUUUUUGUUUGUUUUUAUUUUUGAGGAGAACAUGAACGAAAUCAAGAUCGCCGUGCUUGGAAGUGAAGGAGUCGGAAAGUCAGCCCUGAUUGUGCGGUUCUUCACUAAACGCUUUAUUGGAGAAUAUGCGUCAGCUUCAGAAUGCAUCUACAGAAAGCGGCUGACGAUGGACGGGAAGCAGAUGAAUCUGGAGCUCUACGAGCCGUCCUCUCAGUCCUUUCAGGUUAAAUUAACUCUCAACGACCAAAUUCACUGGGCUGACGGGUUCAUCGUGGUCUACGAUAUUAGCGACCGCUCAUCCUUUCUUGCCGCCAGAAGCUUAGUGAAGCACAUCAGGGAGCGCCGCUUGGGAUCGGCCAAACGGGAUGCCGAGUCGCUUAUAUUCGUGGUGGGCAACAAGCGCGACCUGUGCCACAUGCGGGAGGUGGGCUGCGAAGAAGGCCGGCGCCUGGCGGGCGAAUUCCGCUGCCAGUUCCACGAGCUGUCGGCGGCCGAGCACCACCAGGAGGUGGCGCUCAUAUUCUCAAAGGCGGUGCAGAGCGCCGGCGGAAAGGGGAAAGCGAGCAGGAGACGCUCGAGCGGUUCGAAGUCUGUGGCCAAACUCAUCAACAACGUUUUUGGCAAGAGGAGGAAGUCGGUGUGAGGCGGUCGGUCGAGACCUCCUUGGAGUGGUGUCUGCUGCACAAAGUAAGAAGACGGCAAGGAGGCCUCCGUGUUAGUUGACCGGGAGAACUAAACACUGUUGGGAGGCCUCUCAGCACAACUCGCGUCGGAAUGGCGCCGUUAUCGCUCCGGCUGUUUGCUGCAGACAAUAAU